UAUAAAUAUGUUUCCCAAUUCUUAUAAAUAUGAAUAUACCGAUCCAGUGGCAGUAUGCUAUAAGUCAGACUUGCAGGAUAAUGAGAUGAGACAUGUGGAACUCAACGAGAAUACCAGUAUCCUGUUAGUCAAUCAAAACAAUAUCCUUCGAGCGGUUGGAGCCCAUUGUCCACAUCGUGGAGCUCCGUUGUCUAAAGGUGUCCUUUCCAGAAAUCGAGUGCGAUGUCCUUGGCACGGAGCUUGCUUCAAUCUUGAAACUGGAGACAUCGAAAACUUUCCAGGUCUUGAUUCACUGCCUUGUCAUCAAGUCAAUGUAGAUGCCAAAGGUAAAGUUUUGGUGCAAGUUAGGCGAUCUGAUUUGCAAAAGAACUUUAGGAUCAAAAAGAUGGCGAGGCGAAGUUUUAAGGAUAAUCGAUGCUUUGUAGUGGUAGGUGGUGGUCCUUCAGCAGCUGUUUGUGUGGAAUCUUUGCGGCAGGAGAGUUUCACUGGUCGAUUAAUUCUGGUUUGCCGGGAAAAACACCUGCCCUACGAUCGAAUAGAGAUUAUGAACUCCUCAAAAAAUAAGAACAAUCAGCUGUGCCUUAGGAACGAACAAUUUUACAAGGACAACGAUAUAGAGGUGAUCUUGGGAGUUUCCGCUGAAAAGCUGGAUACAUUUCGCAGCAUCCUUUACUGCAGUAAUGGCAAAAGUUUAAGAUAUGACAAGAUCUAUAUAGCUACUGGUUAUUCAGCUAAAAGGCCAGAUAUACCUGGCGUAAGUUUGGAUAAUGUAAAAACUAUUCGAAAUAUUGAUGAUGCCAGGAGCAUCCUCAAAAUGGUGAGUAAAACGACCCAAGUGGUGUGUCUGGGUUCAAGUUUUAUGGCAGUGGAGGCUGCUGCCAAUUUGGUUUCCAAGGCGGGAAGCGUUACUCUAGUAUCCCGUCAAAAUGUUCCAUUUAAAACUACUCUUGGGGAUUUGAUAGGAAACCGUAUUUUAGAACUUCUGAAAGAAAACAAUGUUAAGCUGCGAAUGAAUAGUGGAAUCGUAAAGGUUUUGGGAAACCUAUACAAUGAAGUAAGGGAAGUAGAGCUCCUAGAUAAGUCAAUAAUACCAUGCGAUCUGCUUAUUCUGGGUACAGGUUGCCUUUGCAAUACAGAGUUUCUCAAACAAUCUGGUGUAAAGAUUAAUCCCAAUGGUUCUGUGGAUGUUAAUGACUUUCUGCAGACAAAUGUACGAAAUGUUUAUGUGGGAGGUGAUAUAGCCAACGCUCAUGUUUUAGGUGGAAUUGAAGAUCGUGUGAAUAUAAGUCACUAUGGCUUGGCACAAUACCAUGGACACAUUGCUGCCUUGAACAUGUGUGAUCGUAUUGCAAAACUGGAGGCUAUACCCUUUUUCUAUACAGUGAUUUUUGGUAAGGCCUUUCGAUGCGCAGGAUAUGGAUCCUACAAAGAUGUUAUAGUCGACGGAAAUCUGGAUGAUUUGCAGUUCGUGGCUUAUUUUGUGGACGAUCAGGAUGUGGUGACGUCAGUAGCUUCUUGUGGUCGGGAUCCUAUUGUUUCCCAGUUUGCCGAACUUAUCUCGCAACACAAAGGACUUUGCCGGUGUCAAAUUGCAGAGUUAAAAAAACACAACUGGAUAUCGGAACUAAUUCACCAUAACUAA